UCACGCACGUUAUCUCACAAUCAUGGCGUCGUACGGGUUCUUGGGAAGACAUUUGCUCCAGGUUGCAUUUCGUACAGCGAACCCAAUUGUUCCCCUGUCUUUACAAAGGACUUCACUAAAGGGGGGCAAAACAACAUGGCCACAACUGGUCACGUCAUAUGUUCCGGCAAGAAGCAUGUUCAUUCAGACGCAAGACACUCCUAACCCAAAUAGCCUGAAGUUCUUACCAGGUCGCAUGGUGCUGGAGACAGGAACCAUGGACUUCACUGCUCCACGUGAUGCAUACUGCUCCCCUUUAGCUAGACAACUCUUUAGGGUUGACGGUGUCAAGAGUGUCUUUUUGGGCCCGGACUUUAUUACCAUCACCAAGACUGAUGAAGAAGUAGAGUGGAAGGUGAUUAAGCCUGAUGUUUUUGCCAUCAUUAUGGACUUCUUCACGUCAGGAUUACCAGUGAUAAAUGAAGAUACCCCUAGAGCAGAUACAGCUCCUUCUGAAGAUGAUGAUGAAGUUGUUGCAAUGAUCAAGGAGCUGCUGGACACACGAAUUAGGCCUACAGUACAGGAGGAUGGUGGAGAUGUUAUAUACCGUGGCUUUGAGGAUGGCAUUGUGAAACUAAAACUGCAGGGCUCCUGCACUAGCUGCCCUAGCUCUAUUGUGACCCUGAAGAGUGGCAUCCAGAACAUGUUACAGUUCUAUGUCCCUGAGGUGGAAGGAGUGGAGCAGGUAAAAGAUGAUGAAGAGGGUGUGGAACAGGGGGCACAGGCCUGAGUGUCAUGGCUGACCAUCCAAGCUCCCUGGACCAAGCCUUUCAAAGCCAGCGUGAUUUCCUGGAGUCUUCCACACGUCACAAUUACAGUGUGAAUGUGUUAACGGAGUCUAGAGAAUAGUGCAGCGUUUUCAGUGGCAAGACAUUGACAAGUUUAUAGGAUACAUGUAAUUCUGUCGUAAUAGUUUUCCCUGGCACUAAUUGGAUAUCUGCAUGGGCACAAGACCUUAAAGCAGUGUCCUUAAUGCUUAUACUUCUUUGCUGUUGAGCAAUGCUUGAAGUUGGGACUCCUGUGGAAAUCUGUUCUUGAAAUCUGAGAUUUGUUUUACGUAAGGUUGUGGUUUUGAAACACAAAAGAACUGAAUAUUUUUUCCAUGCUGUGAAUUAACAUUAAUUGGUACAAAUCAAAACAUUUAAGGCCAAGAGAAUCUCUGUAUUGUAAAUGUAAUUACUCUGUAAGAAAAGCACAUAUCUGUGCAUUUCAGAAAUGAAAAUGAAAAAGUUUAACACUGACCUCAGAAGAAAUUUCGUAACCAAAUUUUGGAUGUAGAAUAUCUAGGUUUAUGUAAUCUUGAUAUCUCUUUGCUACUUCAGUGAAGUAUUCUAAAUUAUUUCAGCGUAAUGUACCUUCUGAAUGCAGUAUUGCUGGAAACGCACAUUUUGACUACUCAGUGGGGUUUGGUGAGUGUAGUUACUGAUAAUAGCAUAGCUAAUGUAGCUAUAAUAAUAAAGAAAGUGAACACACAUGAUUCUUGCAUCCUACCACUAAUUUCUUUACAUUUUUGUAUGUUUUCUUCUAGUAUAAGCAACUCUAAGGCACAACAAGUGGAUGCAAUACACUGCCUGAAAUAAACUGAAUAAAGUAAAC